AUGACGACGACGACGACGACGGCGACACCAACGCCACCACCCGCAAACGACGCGAACGAAAAGACGAAAGAAUCGUCGAACAAGAAAAAAACGAAUAAGAAUAAAAAUAGAAAAAAAGAGCUCUCGCAACGCGCGACGACGGAGCAAAUAGCGAAAGAGAUGUUCACUGCGGCUGGGAUUUUGGAAAACGAAAACGAGGAGAAAAUUAUCAAAGAAAAUUUCGUGAACGAUGCGGCGGAAUAUUUUCACAAGCACCAAAACUUUGCGAACAAAUGGUUACACUUACUGACCAUGCCGAUGUUGAUUUUUACCGGACAGUGCUAUUUGCAACGAUACGAAAUACCCGUGCCAGAAUAUAUGGUUGAUAUGGCAUACGAUUUUGCGAAGAAGUAUGGCAUCAAUCAUCUUCUGUAUAUAUUCGCGAAACCGACGAUGUCGCACGCGGCGUGCGCGUUCUUUUACAUUUGUUACGCAUCGACGAGAGAUUUUUUUGCCGCCACGUUGUGGCUCAUGUGUUGGGGGAUACCGAGCACAUUGAUGAGUAUCGCGUGUAUGUAUUCGUGGACGCCGAUUAUGCCUCAAGUGAUUAAAUACGGAUGGUUUGGAGGUUGGUUCAUGCAAGUGGUGGUCGGGCACGGCGUGAUUGAAAAAAGGAGACCGACUUUAGCCAGAGGCGGGGUGAGGUACUUUAUACCCACAUUUAUAAAAACCAGUUUAUACGCACCGUUUUACGUGUGGCUGGAAGUAUUAUUCGGCGUAUUGUUGUAUUGGCCAGAGUUGGCGGAUGAAAUCGAUGAUCGCGUGGACGAGAUGAACGCGAAAGAGGAGAAAGAGUUGAGAUUGAAGAGGAAAAAGAAAAAGACGACAUAG